AGUGCACAAGUUAGAAAACCUUGAUGAUGCGAUCACGAGUUACAGUGACCACUAUGUUGUUUAUACUGAUUUUAUCUCUGAUGACUGCUUUCUGCUCUGCUAAGGACAACAAACGACCAGACACCACGGUAACUGCAUUUAUACUCAUGGCCACUACACAAAUUUUAUUACAGUUGAAUUUUGUUAGUUUAUGAGGAAAACUGGAAAGAACUUAUGGGAUCUUAAUUUUACCAAAUCAGUCUCGGGUUGAAACGAAAUUCAACCAAAAAUUAUGGUAUCAUGAUUACUUGUACAAUCUCUGCAAAAAUCGAUCGAUAUUUUGAGAAGAGAACAUUUCCACGUUUUAAACAAUUACACUUACAUUAUUACUAACGUGGUAGAUACUAGUAAGUUAUAUUCUUAGCUGAAAAAAUGAAUUUCUUUAAUCACAAUUUACGAUUACAUCAAAGUAACCCAAAUUAAAACUUGCAAAUUGGAGAAACUCAGUAAGCACUUCCUCACCUAGUUUGAAACGCUAGAUGACCGAUAAAAUUGUCAGAAGCUACUAAUAGUUUGUUUCUCACUAUUUUUGGCAGCCUGUUUCAUCUUGUCCAUCUUGUAAUGAUAAAGGGCAAGCCGGGAUGUGGACAUACAUGACAUGUAUCCCAGGAGCCCCUGGGGCACCUGGUCGAGAUGGAGCCAAAGGAGACCUGGGCAGCCCAGGGAAAACUGGGACCCAGGGACCACGUGGUGCUGACGGAAAGAAAGGAGAAAAGGGAGAUCCUGGGAUCCAGGGUUCAGCCGGACAGAAAGGACAGCAAGGGGACAAAGGUGACAGUGGAACUGCUUCACACAAGAACUGGAAGGAGUGUACGUGGACAAGUUACCACGGCACAGAUUCAGGGCAGAUAUUCGUAAGUGAACAACUCCGCUUAGUUUUUCUUUGUCUGUGUGAGGAAAAAAAAAUUGGAAUAAACUUAAAGAAAGGACAUCAACAAAUGGGGUGGUGUAAAUCGGCAUCAUUGAAAUUAUACAGUUGCUUUCCCUACGAUAAAUUUAAUUCUUAUGAGAAAUCUGUUUUUUUCUUUUUUCUUCUUCUUCCUUUUUUCAUAUUUCAAUACAGAGCUGUGACUUUGUGAAAAAGAACGCAAACUCUGCACUCCAUGUCUACUUUGCUGGCAACCUCAUGAUACAUGACUGUACCGCCUGCUGUAGUCGCUGGUAUUUCACCUUCAAUGGCGCCGAGUGCAACUCUACUGGGUCCAUUGAUGGCGUAUUCUACAUUGGAACCCCAAGCAAUGUUAACCACAAUUUCCACAAUCAUCGUCAUAUUGAAGGUCAUUGUAACAACAUUCAAAAAGGAAAGGUUCGAGUGGGAUUCUGGGUUGGAGAAUGUAAACGCGGUGGAUAUAAGCUCGGGGACGCCUUCACCGGGUGGCAUAAUGCAGUGAACCGUAUCUUCAUCGAAGAAGUACCAAGAGCUCAGCAGUAG